GCGUGAUGCAGUGCUACUGUGCGGUUGGCCAGGUGCUGAGGCAGCAUUCCUGCUCGCUUGGGCAGUUCGCCGCGGUGUUGCAGUGCUACGUGCAGGCCAAGGAGUCCACGAGCAGCCCCGAUAUGCUGGAUGCGUUCGAAGGGGACGCGCACAUGUUCAGCCUCGCCGCGGCGAUUUUCUUGGACUUGAUGCAGGGCGCGCCUGCCAUGGAUGCAGCGGCGGUGUGUCAG